UUUCGCAUGGAUGAACGUGGAGCGGUGGCAGUGAUGAAAGCGACAUGAUUAUGAUGGAGAUUUGAAGAUGCAUGUGUUGGAUAGACACUCGCAAGCAUAUAUUCAAGUAUACGAGUGAUAUGUUUGCGACUUGCGAGUGUGCGUGCAUCGGCAAACCGAUCCCGUUUGAAGCGUGAAUUGAUUAAGACAUCGUCCGAUGCAAACACAGACAAUGAGUCACGCUCGCAUCUCAGUAAUCAGACUCCUCGGCAGCGGCUGCGGAAAUCUACGGAGGCGCCAUCUGCGUGUCCUGGCGCCGGUCACCUUUAAAACGAUGUCUGACCUGCCGACGCGCGACUUCUCGUUAUCCUCUCGUCGACUUUUACCUGCUGGAGAUUCCAAGCCUCUCGUCAACAUCGCUGCGCUCUUCGGGAAAUCGCCACAGGGUGGCGCCACCGCCAAGAGAUCUCGGAAUUCCGUCGCUCCAUCCCACAAGAGGGAGUCGGCGUGCGGCAGGGUGGACGACCGCGACUGGGUGCACAACGACGACGAUGCCGUCGUCGAGGCGGACAUGCGGAAAUUUGACCUCUGGGUCGCGGAGAUCGAGGCGUUCGUCGCCGCGGGCGACCGCCGCGUCGACGCCGCCGAGUGGGAUGCGUUUCGCUCGCGCCUGCUCGCCGCCGACCCGACCCGGGUCAAGGUCAUCGACGGCGUCGUCAUGAAGAAGUGCGUGCACACGCUCCACCACGCCGUCGGCGAAUCCUUCAUCGACUACCUCCGCCGCGACGGUGGCGCCCCCAACCUGGCGGUGGUGGCGCACUACGCGGCGCUGUGCGGGCGGUGCGGCGACGCGGCACGGCGGUCGUCGCCGCGUACGAGCAGCUCGCGGCGCGCUACCCGGUGUUCGACGCCACGACCUGUGACCUCAUCGCGCCGGCGCUCUGCGCGACGCCGCGCUGGCGGGACGCCGUCGCCGUCGUCGCGGACGGCCAGCGGGCGCGUGGACGUCGUCGGGCGCGAGCGUACAACGCCGUCGCGGGCCGCUCGGGCGUUCCGCGCGCGCGACCUCGACACGGGCUGGGCUACGAUCGGCGAGGCGACGCGGGCGGGGAAGUCGAUACAAGCGGACGUCUAUGAGGAGUGGCUGAGGCUGUGCGUCGCGGCGAGGUAG